UGAAUGAGUUAGCUAUGAACGUUCCCUGUGAUGACCCGCGUUAGACCACUGGUUAUCGUGCUCUAAACCGAUUUACUCUGACAUUCCUUGUUCAUGAAUGCUUUCACAAACUGCCCAGUCGUGUCUGAUUGCGAUUGCUCAGUCAUUUUUUUGUCAGGAGAAAUAGCCUGAUGUAUACGAGAGUUGCACGAUAUGCGGAAUGGAAUAACCAACUGUACUGUGCUUCGUGGGUUAACUGAACAGCAUUACCAGAAAUCGCCAUCCAAGUUUUUUUUUUGUGUAGGAGACUGGUGUGAUUGGGGCUGGACCAUGCGGAAGGCAACGUGGGGACUGCUGCUUCUGCUGACCUGUGCAGCCACCUGUGAUCAGAGUGGCCAGAACCAAGAUGGAGAGCAGAAGGGCCCUUCACGCAGGGGCCACGUGUCAGUGGUGGUAGUAGGUAGCACAGGUGACCUUGCCAAGAAGUACCUUUGGCAGGGCUUCUUCAACCUGUACGCUAGCCAGGUGGGCAAGGGCUACAGCUUCUCCUUCUACGGAGGUGGGCUGUCUCCAGACGGCAGGGGCACCCCUCUUCUCUUCGAAAUCCUCAAGAGCCAGGACUGCCCCGUGGAUGUGUCCGAUGAGCGCUGCGCCCUGGUGAGGGAGCAAUUCCUGCGGCUAGCCCAGUACAGGCAGCUGAAGACGGAGGAGGACUAUCAGGCCCUGGGCCAGCACAUCGAGACUCAGCUCAAGCAGGAGGGCAUGGUGGAGGCCGGACGACUCUUCUACCUUUCCGUGCCGGCCUUUGCCUACGCCGACAUCGCCCAGCGCGUGAACCGAAGCUGCCGGCCACCGGGGACUGCCUGGCUCAGGGUGGUGCUUGAGAAACCCUUCGGCCACGACUCCAACAGCGCACAGGAGCUUGCCACACAGCUGGCCAGCUCUCUCAAAGAAGACGAGAUGUUCAGAAUCGACCACUACCUCGGGAAGCAGGUUGUUUCCCAGAUAUUACCAUUUAGAAAGGGGAACAGGAAACUCCUAAAAUCAAUAUGGAAUAAACACCAUAUUGACAGAAUGGAGAUCGUGCUCAAGGAAACUCUAGAUGCCAAAGGGCGUAUCUCCUUUUAUGACCAGUAUGGAGUCAUCAGGGAUGUGAUCCAAAAUCACUUGACUGAAGUCAUGACCCUUUUGACCAUGAGCGUCCCCAAAAACCUGACAGAUUGUAAAGAAAUCAAUCGGAACAAGCUCAAAGUCUUCAGCGCUCUCCAUCAGCUCGACAUGCCCAGUGCUGUGCUUGGACAGUACCAGACAUACAAUUCUGAAGUCCAGCUUGAACUCAACAAGACCAAAGAUCACUUCAGCCUUUCUCCGACAUAUGCAGGUAUUGCAGUCCACACUACCAUGCCACAGUUUGACGGGGUGCCCAUAUUCCUGGUCUCGGGUAAACUCCUAGACGAGAGGGUUGGGUACGCCCGCAUCACUUUUAAGAACAAUGUGUUCUGUGCGCAGGACCAGACCAGUAUUACAUGUAGGCCAAAGCAGAUAGUGUUUUACAUCGGCCAAGGGCAACUUCAGUACCCAGCAAUACUUGUGAGUAAGAAUCUUUUCAAGCCAGCCCUGGUGAAUAAUGGUUGGAAGGAAGUCAUUGAGAAUGAUGACACUCUCUUGUUCGGGAUCCCCCUGUCAGACUACUACAUUCAGACACCAGUAGUCCAACAAGAGGCUUAUACAGAGUUGAUCUCGCAAGUUUUCCGUGGGCGGAGGGACCACUUUGUUAGUGCCGAAAGCCUCCUGGCCUCGUGGAAAUUCUGGACACCUCUGCUGAACAGCCUGAAGCACACGUUCCCCCGGCCUUACCCCGGCGGCGCUGCCAACGGCAACCUCCUGGACUUCCAGCUGCAGGGACGUGAGGUGAGGUUCUGCAGCGAGGCCCUGGUGAACAUGAUCCCCCAGGAGAAGACAGAGAGCUUUCAGGUGAUGCAGGGCAAGUACCGCAGUGCCGACAUGGUGUCGGCCUGGUCCAAGGAGCUGGUGGAGCGGCUGGCUCACGACCUCCAGGAGGCGGCCGAGGAGUCGGUGCAGGAGGGCACGCCCUUCCACCUGGCGCUGUCAGGCGGCUCCAGCCCACUGGCGCUCUUCAAGCAGCUGACGCAGCACCACUACGCCUUCCCCUGGUGGAACACGCACGUGUGGAUGGCCGACGAGCGCUGCGUGCCACCCAACGAGGCCGAGUCCAACUUCCGCACAAUCCACGACCAUCUGCUGCAGCACGUGCACCUGCCCUACUUCAACAUCCACCCGAUGCCCGUGCAACUCAACCAGCGGCUGUGUGUGGAGGAGGACGGCGGCGCGCUCGUCUACGAGCAAGACAUCGCCCGGCUCGUCAACAGCUCCAGCUUCAGCUACGUCCUCCUGGGUGUGGGUUUCGACGGGCACACGGCCUCGCUCUUCCCGGGGAACAGGCUGGGCAGCAGCGGGGAGAGGCUGGUGGCGCUCACCGAGAGCCCGCUCAAACCUCACCAGCGAAUGAGCCUGACGUUCGGGGCAAUCAACCGCGCACGGAGGGUAAGCGUGCUCAUCAUGGGGAAGGGCAAACACGAACUCGUGACCCAGCUCAGCCGAAUCAAGGACACCCCAGACAGGUGGCCCAUUACGAAGAUCCAGCCAGUAAACGGAAGGCUUGUAUGGUAUAUAGACUACGACGCACUGUUGGGCCAGUGACAACAAUUCUCCUACCAUGUGUCAAAUGCUGUAUUGAGAAUGUAAUGGUUUUGUAUUCUGAGUGAGUUAUGUUUGCUUUCAAUUGAUUGAUAACUCUUGAUAAUGUUUUAUUGUUUGCACUAAGGUGAAUAUGUAACUGAGUAGGACUGAAGUAGUGAGUGUUUAUUCCCAUUUUAAACAUACUUCAGCUGCACCACACCCAUCUACUCCUCAGCUUUACUAUUCAGUAGCUACAGUUGAAUAAUUCCAACUACACUUAAUUGAAUGAAUGCCUUGCUGUCACAUCUAAAUGCUAAGUGUGUCUGGUCAGCGUAUAUAUUGUUCACAUUUUAGACUCAGGAAGGGAAUGUUG